ACUUGCGCAGUGUGCACUGUGCACGUUUUGUGUUUUGUUUCUUAUUUCUCGUAGGGCCACGAUGUCCGAAGCUGCCGGCGAAAAGUUGUCAAAAAAAUAAGCAAAGCUUGAAAAUAUUUGAGAUAAAAAUGCUAGGGCUCGGUGCGAGGCUUUUAUUCCGUGCGCAACAGCCUCUAAUCCUUCAAAAAACAGUCAGAGCCUCUUUCAGUUCCAAGAGUGAGUUGAAGCGGCGGAUGAAGGCUGAGCAGAAGGCCAAGGAAAAGGUCGAAAAGGAGGCGCAGGUCGCCGCAGCCAAACCUACAAAUGCGCCGAAAAAGAAGGAGAACGAGGAGGAAAUCAGUCCAAAUGAGUACUACAAGCUGAGAACAAAUGCGUUGGCGGAGCAAAAGGCCAGGGGAGAGUCACCCUAUCCUCACAAGUUCCACGUGGAAAUCAGUCUGGAGGAAUUCAUCGUUAAGUACAACCACCUGAAGGACGGAGAGACUCUGGACAAGGAGGUGCAAACAAUCGCUGGCCGCGUCUACGCCAUCAGGGAGUCGGGAGCAAAACUGAUUUUCUACGAUCUGCGUGCCGAGGGGGUGAAGCUCCAGUUGAUGGCCAACGCGUCCCACUAUGAGUCUGAGGAAUCUUUUUUGGCUGAGACGGCGAAAGUGAGAAGAGGGGACGUCAUUGGCGUCAAGGGUGUGCCUUGCCGGACCAAGAAAGGCGAACUCAGCAUGUUGCCCAAGAACAUCACGAUUUUGUCCCCGUGCCUACACAUGCUUCCGCACCUUCACUUUGGGCUCAAGGAUAAGGAGACGAGAUUUAGGCAGCGGUACCUCGAUCUGAUUUUGAAUGAUCGAGUCCGACACACUUUUAUCACAAGGUCGAGGAUCAUUGCUUAUGUCCGCCACUUUUUAGACUCUCUAGGAUUUUUAGAGGUAGAGACUCCCAUGAUGAAUACCAUUGCUGGCGGCGCAACUGCCAAACCUUUCGUCACACAUCAUAAUGACCUCAAUAUGGACCUUUUCAUGAGAAUUGCUCCAGAGCUAUAUCUCAAGAUGUUGGUUGUGGGUGGUUUGGAUCGAGUGUAUGAAAUUGGUCGCCAGUUCCGCAACGAAGGCAUCGACCUGACGCACAACCCUGAGUUCACAACUUGCGAGUUCUACAUGGCCUACGCUGAUUACCACGACCUGAUGGCCAUCACUGAGAGCAUGGUCUCUGGAAUGGUCAAGAGCAUCACCGGCUCGUACAAAGUCAAGUACCAGCCAGAGGGCCCGGAGGGACCGGAAGUGGAAAUCGACUUCACUCCGCCCUUCAAGCGGAUGCACAUGAUUUCCACCCUGGAGGAGUGUCUGAAAGAGAAGCUUCCAGACCCGACUAAGUUGUUGACCCCUGAAGCUGCAGCCCAGCUGUCAAAAUUGUGCGAGAAGCACCAGGUCGAGUGUCCACCUCCGAGGACGGCAGCUCGGUUGCUUGACAAGUUAGUCGGCCACUUUUUGGAGGACCAGAUCACCAAUCCAACCUUUAUCUUAGACCACCCGCAAGUGAUGAGUCCAUUGUCCAAGUGGCACAGGACGACACCUGGUCUCACUGAGCGCUUCGAGCUGUUUGUCAUGACCAAGGAGGUGUGCAAUGCAUACACAGAGUUGAACGACCCUAUUGAACAGAGAGAUCGAUUUGAGCAGCAGGCCAAGGACAAAGCAGCUGGAGAUGAUGAGGCCCAGGUAGUAGAUGAGAAUUUCUGCACUGCGCUUGAGUAUGGAUUGCCACCAACCGGAGGAUGGGGAAUGGGCAUUGACAGACUGACCAUGUUCCUCACCAACAACAACAACAUUAAAGAGGUUUUGCUGUUCCCUGCUAUGAAGCCUGACGACCAGAACACCAACAAGGAGAACGCCGAGGUUGCGGCUGAUGGAGCAAAAAAUUAAUUACAAAAUCUCUUUUAAGUUAACUGAGCCACAUUACUUUUGCAACUUCGAAGAAAUGAAACUCAACAGCCUACUUACCAAAAUUGUUUUGUUAGCCUUGUUAGUUUUUUGUAACAAGCUGUGAAACGAGAAAUAAAUCUGGAUGAUAACUUAUUAAUGUUGAGAAAA